AACUCAGAAUCUUCUCUUUGUAACUCAGCUGAACUCACAUCUCCAUCAACAUGUCCUACAACUGCUGCUCUGGGAACUUCUCCUCCCGCUCCCUUGGAGGCUACAUGCGCUACCCAGGCUCCUGUUGUGGCUCUUCCUACCCCAGCAACCUGGUCUACAGCACUGAUCCCUGCUCCCCCAGCACUUGCCAGCUGGGCUCCUCUCUCUACAGUGGCUGUCAGGAAACCUGCUGUGAGCCCAGGAGCUGCCAGACGUCCUGUGUGGUGUCCAGACCCUGCCAGAAGUCCUGCUACAGCCCGAAGACCUCCACGCUCUGCAUUCCCUGCCCGCCAACUUAUACAGGGUCUAUGGGCUGUGGGUCCAGCAGCAGCUGCUCCCUGGGCUAUGGAUCCAAGAUCUGUUACUCCCUGGGCUGUGGUUCCAGUGGGUUCAGACCCCUGCGUUAUGGAGUCUGUGGCUUCCCUUUUCUGAGUUAUGGAUCUCGAUCCUGGUGCCCAUCCUAUUUGACUUCUAGGACCAUCCAGUCUUCUUGUUACAGACCAUCUUGUGGAUCUAACUUCUACUGA